CGUGGGGUUUCCCGAGGCGCACUGCAGGGUCACCGCGCCCAUCUCGUUGUCUGAUGGCCGGAUGAGAAGCGAGCUGGAGGAGAGCGCUCCUUCAAGGAAGGCAACGGGAAGUGGCGACCGACGGAUUUAUACGGUGCCCAAAUCUUGCCCGCGGACCUCAAUGACUGGCGUUCUGCAUCGCACUUUAACUCUUCUGCUUCAGACUCUUCCAGAAUCGCGUUAAUUUCAGCCUCCGGAGCGAGUUAUUUUCUGAAAGCUGGACUCGUUUUGUGAAGACUGGCUGAGGCUAGUUAGCGAGCUAGCUCGUCUUGUCCGUUGAUGCGUGGAUUUGACAGCUGCACAGUCGUGUUUUUUCGGUCAAUGCCAUAUAAAACAAGGCCAGCUACGACUGAGUACAGAUCAGAGCGUGUCCCGGCAGCAGGAGUGAGGAAGAGCUUUAGAAGAAGAAAAUGAGUGAACUGGACCAGUUACGCCAGGAGGCUGAGCAGCUCAAAAACCAGAUCAGAGAUGCGAGGAAAGCCUGUGCAGAUGCCACACUAUCACAGAUCACAGCCAACAUCGACCCUGUUGGCCGAAUCCAGAUGCGCACAAGGCGAACGCUGAGGGGACAUCUGGCUAAAAUCUAUGCCAUGCACUGGGGCUCUGACUCCAGGCUGUUGGUCAGUGCAUCCCAGGAUGGUAAACUCAUUAUUUGGGACAGCUAUACCACAAAUAAGGUCCAUGCCAUUCCUCUUCGCUCGUCCUGGGUGAUGACCUGUGCCUACGCUCCCUCAGGGAACUAUGUGGCCUGUGGAGGCCUGGAUAACAUCUGUUCCAUCUACAGUCUGAAGACUCGUGAGGGCAAUGUGCGCGUCAGCCGUGAACUGGCUGGACACACAGGGUACCUGUCCUGCUGCCGCUUCCUUGAUGACAACCAGAUUGUCACGAGUUCUGGCGACACCACCUGUGCUCUCUGGGACAUAGAGACUGGUCAGCAGACAACCACUUUUGCAGGCCACACUGGAGAUGUGAUGAGCCUGUCGCUGAGUCCUGACUCCAGGACCUUUGUGUCAGGGGCCUGCGAUGCCUCUGCUAAGCUGUGGGAUGUGCGUGAGGGGAUGUGCAGACAGACUUUUACUGGCCAUGAAUCUGACAUCAAUGCCAUCUGUUUCUUCCCCAAUGGCAAUGCAUUUGCCACUGGCUCGGAUGAUGCCACUUGCCGCCUGUUUGACCUGCGUGCUGACCAGGAGCUAAUGGUGUACUCCCACGACAACAUCAUCUGUGGCAUCACCUCCGUGGCCUUCUCCAAGAGCGGCCGCCUUCUGCUGGCUGGUUACGAUGACUUUAACUGCAAUGUGUGGGACAGCCUGAAGGCUGACCGUGCAGGUGUGUUGGCUGGCCAUGACAACCGCGUGAGCUGUCUGGGUGUGACUGAUGAUGGCAUGGCUGUGGCUACAGGGUCCUGGGACAGCUUCCUCAAGAUCUGGAACUGAACUCUGAACACAUGUCUGACACAAUGUCGUUUGAACUCCAAAGUUGACUGGAAGACCAUUCCAACUUUAGAAUGUUAAAUUUCACAGCAUCGUCAACAAAACACCUUAUAAAACUGACUCAGACACCACCACAAAAAGAAAAAACUUCUAAGGGAAAACAAUGCCUUUCCUACACAAAGAAGAGCACAAUUUGUUUUAUCACCCACCUUAAAAAAGAAAAAAAAAAAGGAAAAAAAAGAGCGAGAGAGAAGAAUUCCU